AUGCAGAAGACCCUCCGCAUCAACUUGCUUGCCCGCAACCAAGCAGCUAAAGUAUUUCAUAAGAAGGAGAGGGUCAAAUUUAAUAAGCAAUGGCAUGAAUACAAGCGCCAAAAGAACAACGUUGACGCUAAACGUGGUCAAUAUGUAAGAGAAGAGCGCUCCAAUCGUCGUGAAGACUGGUUGCUGGGUCCAUUGGCUCCGAAUAGGGACAGUGGCACAAACAGAGGCUCAUAUGGGGCCAUCGAAGUUGACUUAUUUCACCCUCCUGAAAUUCCUUUCCAAACAAGAGGUGGUCCAAAAAUUGCUGGUUAUGAGGCUAGAGACUGGGAGGAACAAGACGAGGAGGAUAGAUUCAAAGGAGAAACAAUUGUGGGAAACGUUAUUGAGAACGAUCGUGUCGUUAUUGUGCAUGGUCCAGAACACUUAAGAGGUCGGGUCGAUUAUGUCCAGGCAAUCGACCCAAAAAGUGAGUCUGUGAGACUGAGAACCGUGAAUAUGGCUGAUGUGCGCAUCCCCGAUAUGAACCUUGCGGCACUCGGUAAUGUAGCUGAGGCUCCCAAGUUCGAGACAAUGACAGCCCCCAUCCCCAUGUCAUGGGUCCGCCUCUGCCAUGAGAUGAUAGACCCUGCCACUGGUCAGGUCAGACAAGCGAUAGUAAGACACGUCCAUGGCGACGCUCCUUACGCUCAACGAGCUCCUACCACAAACAUCCCUGCACAUACCCGCUACAUUACUGGUUCCGCAGUAUGGAGCUCGGAUGGCAAGCCCAUCGAAAUACCCUGGCCAAGCGCAACCAUGCAAGACACACCUCAAGCCACAGACACAGAUACAGAAGAGAAGAUAAGGUCAGACAUGACAUGGAGACCCCAACUUCUCAAUCCUCCACUAGGCUACGUACCCCCUAUACACGAUGCCAACGCAUCGAACAUUCCAGACCAGAACGACCCACGCACACGAUACACGGCUGGAGCAUUGCAACCGGACAACCGACCAAGCGCCAGCAACAUCGAACGAGCCGGACUACACGGUUUCGUCAACAGUAACAAGGCCAUGGAACGACAGCAGCGAAUCGUGCGCGGCAUCUUGCAAGAGCUGAAACCUCAGCACAGGCGGGACGCGACAAUGCACGAUGACCCCGACUGGGUGAGAAGGAAGAUGCUUGAGGACGCUAGAGCAAUCUGGUGGAAAGAUCGGAUGAUGAGUGCGAGCAAGAGCCCCGCGACGCAAGCGAUUGAGCAAGAGGUGCAGAAGAGACGAGAACAGCGGCAGGAGGCUAUGGCGCAGCACAUGCAGGACUUGGAGAGUUUCAGAAGUGAGAUCAAGGCGCAACGGGAGCUGAAAGAGAAAGAGAAAGAGCAGGAAGCUUCGCUAUUGGCUACCAAAAAGACUCACGGCAGCAAGCAGGUACAUGACUUUGCGAGUCUUAUCACCGAGGUCCAGCAGUUGACUGUUGCGCGUCGUUAUAAGAAGCCGGACGCGAAGUUUAGGAAGCGCUUGGCUAGGAUGUGA